CCGGGUUCCGAGCCCGAGGCGUCCUUCGACCUUCCAGUGGGUGAAGCAGGGGCUGGGACUGAGGUUUCUCCAGGUCAGCGACCGGGCCGCUUAAAGAGAGCGUGGGACUCACUUCUACCAGUUGAAAGGAGAUCUUGGGUGCCCCGGCCCAAAGUAAAGCGCUGGAUCUAUAUUAGCUAUUACUUUCACUGUUGCUAGGAGGAAGAGUUGGCGGAAACACUUCUAAAACUCCUUUAUUUUAAUUUAAUUUGAAAAUGAGUAAGUGCAGAAAGCUACCACUGGGUUCAAGUCCUGAGACAUUCAGCCCAGAUGUUGUUGCUGACAUUUCUGAACUCUUUGCCAAGAACUUUUCUUAUGGCAAACCACUUAAUAGUGAGUGGCCGUUACCAGAUCCCACUGAGAUUUUCUCCUGUGAUCACACGGAAUUUGAUGCAUUUCUUGGUUUGAAGAACUCCCUAAAUGAAGUAAAAAACCUACUGAGUGAUAAGAAACUGGAUGAGUGGCACGAGCACACUGCUUUCACUAAUAAAGCUGGAAAAAUAAUUUCUCACGUGAGAAAAUCAGUGAAUGCUGAACUUUGUACUCAAGCUUGGUGUAAGUUUCAUGAAAUUUUGUGCAGCUUUCCAAUUAUUCCACAGGAAGCUUUUCAGAAUGGAAAAUUGAAUUCUCUACACCUUUGUGAAGCUCCUGGAGCUUUUAUAGCUAGUCUCAAUCACUACUUAAAAUCUCAUCGAUUCCCUUGUGAUUGGAGUUGGGUAGCUAAUACUCUGAACCCAUACCAUGAAGCAAAUGACAAUCUUAUGAUGAUUAUGGAUGACCGACUUAUUGCGAACACCUUGAAUUGGUGGUACUUUGGUCCAGAUAACACUGGUGAUAUCAUGACUUUGAAAUAUCUGACUGGACUUCAGAAUUUCAUAAGCAGCAUGGCUACUAUUCACUUGAUCACUGCAGAUGGAAGUUUUGAUUGCCAGGGAAACCCAGGUGAACAAGAAGCUUUAGUUUCUUCUUUGCAUUACUGUGAAGUUGUCACUGCUCUGACAACUCUUGGAAAUGGUGGCUCUUUUGUUCUGAAGAUGUUUACUUUGUUUGAACAUUGUUCCAUAAACUUGAUGUAUCUGCUAAACUGUUCCUUUGACCAAGUCCAUGUUUUCAAACCUGCUACUAGCAAGGCAGGAAACUCAGAAGUCUAUGUGGUAUGUCUCCACUAUAAGGGAAGAGAGGUAAUGCAUCCGCUGUUAUCUAAGAUGACACUGAAUUUUGAGACUGAAAUCACCAGGAAAGCUCUCUUUCCCCAUCAUGUGAUUCCUGAAUCUUUUCUUAAAAGACAUGAAGAAUGUUGUGUAUUCUUUCAUAAAUACCAGCUAGAAACUAUUUCUGAGAACAUUCGUCUGUUUGAAUGCAUGGGAAAAGGGGAACAAACAAAGCUGAAUAAUUUAAGGGACUGUGCUGUUCAGUAUUUCAUGCAAAAGUUUCAGUUGAAGUCUCUUUCCAGAAAUAAUUGGCUAGUAAAAAAAUCUAAUAUUGGCUGUAGUACAAAUACAAAGUGGUUUGGGCAGAGGAACAGAUAUUUUAAAACCUAUAAUGAAAGGAAAAUGCUGGAAACUCUUUCGUGGAAAGAUAAGGUGGCCAAAGGUUACUUUAAUAGUUGGGCCGAGGAACAUUCUACAUAUCAUCCUGGGCAAAGUUCUCUUUUAGAAGGAACAGCUUCCAAUCUUGAGUGUCACUUGUGGCAUAUUUUGGAGGGAAAGAAACUGCCAAGGGUAAAGUGUUCUCCUUUCUGUGAUGGUGAAAUUUUAAAGGCUCUCAAUGAAGCAAUUGAAAAGUCAUUUGGAGGAGCCUUGAAUUUGGAUUCCAAGUUUAAGCCAAAAGAGCUGUAUUGUUGUUCUUGUCACAUUUUUUCUGAAGAACUGAUGUUUUCUGAGUUGUUUAGCCUUACCAAAUGCUUUCAGGAUGGGCAGGUUGUAGAACCUAGCAACCAAAUAAAGUGCCUGCUUGUGGGUUUUUCAACAUCUUGUGAUGUCAAGAUGCAUAUACCAUUGGAAGUUCAGCUCCUGGAAUCAGCUGAACUCAUGAAUUUUAGCUGUUCAUUGCUUCAUGAUGGAGAUCCAACUUACCAGCAGUUAUUUUUGGACCGUCUUCUACAGUCAUUACAGCAGCUUCAUACAGGCGAUGUUAUGAUUUUGCCUGUACUUUCUUGUUUUACAAGGUUUAUGGCUGGUUUGAUCUUUAUACUCCACAGCUGUUUUAGAUUCAUCACAUUUUCUUGUCCCACAUCCUCUGAGCCCCUGAAGACCUGUGCAGUCCUGCUAUGUGUUGGUUACCAGGACCUUCCAAAUCAAGUUAUCCAAUAUCUGCAGAAUGUGAAUGAAUUGUUGAGCACUUUGCUUAACACUGAUGCACCCCAGCAAGUUUUACAGUUUGUGCCAAUGGAAGUGCUGCUUAAGGGGGCACUACUUGAUUUUUUGUGGGAUUUGAAUGCUACCAUUGCUAAAAGACAUUUGCAUUUGAUUAUUCAAGAAGAGAGAGAAGAAUUCAUCAGCAGCCUUCAGUUAUGAACUUGGACUUGUCCUUUCUGAAAUUUAACUUUAUGGCUUCUUACAGUUUCCAUUGUUAUUGCAUCCCUUUGCUAUUAAUUUAAAGCCUUUCAUUUUGGGGAAUGGCCAACUUUUGUAUCAUUUAAAGUUCCAUUAUUUCUGGAAAGACAUCAGCUAGUUCCCAGGAUAUGUAUACCCAUAGGCAUAGAGGUUUUCAUGUGCCGGAAUCUAUACAGUCAUAAUAUUCAGCCUCAAACAUGAGAUGUGUGUACGUGCUUGGGUAUGGACACACCCAUGCUUGCAUAUGCAGUUCAGUUGGUCUUAUCUGCUUAAGGUUUGCAUCUGGGUGCCUUCAGUUUCAAUUUUUUUUCCCCAAUUUCCUCUUGAUGACUAAUGAUUUUGAUGAAUUGAUUUGAUGAGAGGAGGCGAGUCACUCCUGAGCAACACAGAUUUUCUUUAACAUUGACCAUGUCAGUUAUGGAUUUGGGGAACUCAUCUUGCCAGAUUUCUUGUUAUGCGCCAUUCAUUGCCUAUAAGCCAUUGACCCAGUUUACUUUAUGGUUCAAGUGAAGCUUUGUGAAUAUUUUACUAAUCACAACCAUCCAACUAGAGAGGAUAUCAGGACAGCUUCAAACCAAAGAUCAUGUUUAAAACAAUGAAAAAUUACCGUAUCUAAUACAGCCCUGUAUCAUGACAAGUUUUAUUUGGCAAUGGUAUAGUAAUUUUUAACUUCCAGGAAAUAAUGUGUAAACUAAAGGAUUUUUUAAAAUAGGGAAGUAGUGUUUAUAGUUUCAUAUUGCAGGACGUAAAUGUGAUAAAUACAGUGGAUACUGAAGAAGAACUUUAAUACUUUUAGAAUGAUGGUUUAGCAUUUAACAUUUUUAAAUCUUUAAUUUCUUUUUUCAGUAUGAAAGUAGCACUUGACCAGAAGUUUAACCAUGAGAUGAUUAUUUUAUCAGUUCUGUUUGAUUUCUGUUGAAUCACAUAUAUUUGACAGUACACCUGAGCUUUUCUGGCAGACUGUUAAGAAAAUCUUCAUUACUUUGAAAUUCCACAGAAUGGAGAAUAUUUAUAUUCUUAUGUGUGCAUUUUAGACAUUUUUGUUAGUUAUGUGAAAAAAUAGAUGUAUUCUCUGAUGUAUUUGGUUGAUAAAUAUUAAUCUGAAUUUUUUUCAUGUUCUUUGCUAUUUUGAGUUCCAUUAUAGAUUCAUGAAUAAAGUCAUUAGCAGAGAGA